UAUAAUGCCUGCGGUCAGCAGGGGGCGCUACCACAACACCACAUACCUUGAUAUGAAAGAAGAAGAAGCAGCAGCAGAAGCAGUCGGUCUGCAUGACUGUUUGUGGAGAAAUCCCAGAGCCAUGAUAUGAACGAUGCCGUGUUGCAGCCUGAUGUCUGGAAGCAGCUGUGACGCUCAGCCGGAGACGUCUGACUCCAUCAGCGCACACAGACAGACGACUAGAACGACCCCCCGGAAAGGAGAGAAGUCGUACGAGUGCUCCGAGUGCGGGAAGAGUUUUGCUCAGCACAGCACCCUUCAGCGACACCAGCGCAUCCACACCGGAGAGAAAACCCACCACUGUUUACUGUGUGGAAAGAGUUUUAAUCAGCAGAGCACUUUUCAGCGACACCAGCGCAUCCACACGGGGGAGAAGCCGUACCGCUGCUCGCAGUGCGGCACCAGUUUCACCAUACAGAGUAACCUGAGACGACACCAACGCAUCCACACGGGGGAGAAGCCCUAUCACUGCUCGCUGUGUGGGAAACGCUUCACCAACCACAGCACCCUCCAGCACCACCAGCGCAUCCACACCGGAGAGAAGCCGUACCAGUGCUCCCAGUGCGGACGCAGUUUUACCGAGCACGGAACUCUCCAGCGACACCGCCGCGUCCACACCGGAGAGAAGCCGUAUCACUGCUCAGACUGCGGGAAGAGUUUCAAACAGCAAACCGCCCUGCAGCAGCACCAGCGCAUCCACACCGGGGAGAAACCGUACCACUGCACACAGUGCGGGAAGAACUUCAUACAGCAGGGUCACCUCCAGCAACACCAGCGCACUCACAAAGCAGAGACGGAGUAUGAGUCCGCCGUGUGGAAGGAGAUUUACUCACCCGACUCGGAGCCAGUAAAACACCAGCAUCUCCAGAGAGGAGAGAAGCCCUACCGAUGCUUACUGUGUGGAAAGAGUUUUACUCAGCACAGCACUCUACAAACACACCAGCGCAUCCACACGGGGGAGAAGCCGUAUCACUGUGUCCAGUGUGGAAAACGUUUUACUCAGCAGAAUUCUCUCCAGAAUCAUCAGCGCAUCCACACUGGAGAGAAACCGUAUCACUGCUCAGUGUGUGGAAAGAGUUUUACUCAGCAGUGUACUCUUCAACGACACCAGCGCAUCCACACCGGAGAGAAACCGUAUCGCUGCUCGGAAUGCGGGAAGAGUUUCACCGAAAGAGACGAUCUCCAGCGACACCAGCGCACUCACACAGGAGAUAAACCGUACAUCUGCUCGCAGUGUGGGAAGAGCUUCACACAGCAGAGUCAUCUCCAGCAGCACCAGCGCACUCACACCGGGGAGAAGCCCCAUCAGUGCCCCGAGUGCGGGAAGAGCUUCACCGAGAAGGGCCAUCUUCAGCGACACCAGCGUAUCCACACUGGAGAGAAACCCUAUCACUGUUUCCAGUGUGGGAGGAGUUUUAUUUCCACCAGUGUCCUCCAGCAGCACCAGCGCAUUCACACCGGAGAGAAGCCCUAUCACUGCACACAGUGUGGAAAGAGUUUCUCUCAGCAGAGUACCCUACAGCAGCACCAGCGCAUACACACCGGAGACAAACCCUACCACUGCUGUGAGUGUGGCAAGAGUUUCAAUCGCAAUAGUCAGCUCCAGCACCAUCGCUGUGUCCAGUGACCUCAGGUGGGAGAAAAGAAAAGAAUAUGUUCAAGAGGACAAAUUGACAGUUAAUAGACAAUUCAUCGAGCUAACACCAAGAACGUUUACUUCAACUGUACCAUUUAGCUUUAAGACUUAAAUGAGGCAUUAUGGGGUCAGUGAUCAGAUAUUUCCUUGAUCUGACCGAUACGGCAAGCUGACCGCAGACAUGUGAGUCAAACCUGUGCAAUGAAACAGUGUAUGUUGGUUUUAUGCAUCCUAGGGGAAGCAAAGCUAAGUUACUGUCACUGCUUAACAAGAAGUCCCACAUUCUGUUUUUGACACCACACCUGUAAGGCUCCACACCUGUAGGAUGCCACACCUGUAAGGCUCCACACCUGUAGGAUGCCACACCUGUGAGAUGACACUAUGUAGUAUGCCUGUGUUGCAACAAUUGUGUAACUUGCUGCUAUUUUCGGCAGAAAACCUAAUUAAAAACAUUUAUAGCCGAAAGCCCAAUGUGAGCUGGAUACAGAAAUGAUUUGAGCUGACAGAACAUCAGUCUAAUCUUUCACAGCUAUCAGACUCAGCGUGAUCAGGUCAGCUCUGUUCAAACAGUUUAUUAAAUCACUGCUCAAUCAAGUCUAUACAAAAUAUUAAAAGUUUGUGUUUAAUGAAUAAACAGAUUUUCCUACUUAAACUCUUCUCUCUUCUGUAUGUUGGAGUUUUUAUUGUGCUCAAAUAACAGAAUGAAAUUAUUUCACUUUA